AUGAAAUUAGAGAGAUGGGAAAAAAGAGAAAUUUUUGGAUACUACCGCUGCAUAUUUUUUGUUUCAAUUCUUGAAUGGUACUUUGAAGUGUUCUUCGAUGGUAGUGGUCACUUGUCCAGCACAAUUAAAGCAAAAUUGAAUUUGGCAAAUCAUGAUGUUCAUAGCAAUGACCUCAUCUCUUUAUUUAGUUUCAUUCUAGUAGAAUUCUACAACUUGAAUCAGUUCCAGUUAGAAUAUCUUACCACUAAAUUAGAUGAUUCUUCAAUAUUCCCUAAAGUUUCCUUUAAAGGAAAUUCCAAUUGGAAUCGACCCAAUUAA